AUGUCACGCUAUGGUGGAGCCAACUACGACGACGACGACGACGACAUGCUGCUCAAGGCGCUGCAGGCCAGCGAGCCGUGCGGCAACUGCGGCGCGCCGGGCGCGACGAUCCCGUGCUCGAGCGGCUGCGGAGAAGUGUACUAUUGCUCCCGGGAGUGCAUGACAUACCAUGCUUCCUCACAUCGCCUGCGGUGCAGAAACCUGCGCUGCUCCAAGUUUAACGACGACGAAUCGGACGGCAGCUCCAGUGACGAGUCGUACUACGACUCCUCAGACGAGUCGAGCGAAGAAGACGAACCGCCGCAGCCUGCGCGUGGUGGUGGCAAAAAUGGCAAGACGCUCAGCAAACAACAAUCGAGCAGCAGCAGUGCCGGCGGCGGUGGCGGCGGCGGUGGCAAGAAGGGCGGCAGCGACAAGCGCCUUCGAGUCGACUCGGACAUUGAGCGCCGCAUCGAAGAAAAGAUCAUGCGUCGACUGAAGAAGCAAGAGGAGAACCGCAUUGCCCAAGCCAUCGAGUCGCAGAUGGUGCUCUCGAACGCCUCGUGGACCGACGCCGACAUGAACCGGAUCGCGAUGGAGGUCAAGAUUCGACUCCAGAAGGAAAUGGGCCAUCUCUUCACGGGCAGCUCCAGCAGCCGGUCCCGAAAAAACAGCAUCUCGCAAGGAUCGCUCAGUCGAAGCCUCUCGGCCGUCGUCGAAGAAGACCCCGGGAAGCGGGCACCGCCAGCCCCCAUGGCGCGCCAAGAGAGCAGUGGCUCAUCGCGAGACAAGGGGUCCUCGUCGCGGUCGUCGCCAGACAAGCCUAUGCGAUCACAGCGCAGCAUCGACGUCGACCCGGUACAGCCGACGACCGCGGUCGUCCCCGUCGCUGCUGCCGACCCUGCGACGCCGCCAACGUGGAACAACAAGUGCGCUGCGUUUCUCUCGCUCAAGAUUGUGGUCUGGAAGCUUGACUUUCGUCCGCAAAUGCGCUUCUGCGCCGGCCCAGACGGCACAUGGAACCAGCUGGCCGAGGUCGACGCCGACGAGUCAUUUUCGCACAUCAUCCUUGGCGACGUGCUUUUGUCGGUGAACGGCCAGCUCCUCACGGGCGUCGCCAUGUCGGAGGCCGAGAUGGAAGAGAUUUUGUCCGAGAACGGCAACCCGCUCAUCAUGAAGUUUGGCAGCGCCGACCCGGACAACCGAGCGAUCCGCGAGUACACGGUGCGCUGGGGCAACGGGCCCUUGGGGCUGACGCUCAAGGACGACGGGUCGCCCGAGGCACUGCCGAUUGUCCAUCGCCUCACCAAGAAGCCCGGCUCGGUCGCGGUCAAGGAAAACAUUGCGAUCGGCGACGUGCUCUGCGCCAUCAACAACAUCGACACAGUCUCGCUCGGGUGCGCGCUCACCAUGUCGGUGCUCAAGAAGGUCCAGCUGCCCGCAAAGCUCACGUUCCGCGGUGUCGGCGGUGUCCCCACGCGGCCCAAGGGCGACGCGCCGCCCGCCAAGGCCAAGCAACCCGAAGUGCCCGUGAGCUCGCGCGGCCUGGCGCCUGGCACGACGUACCAAGUCGACUGGCGCGAAGGCCCGCUCGGCCUCACGAUCAUUCCGGGCCUCCAGCCCGGCGACCUGCCCGUCAUCAAGCGGGUCACGGGCAAGGGCACGUCGCCGGGCGUCGAGUACGCGCAGGUGGGCGACUACCUCACGAGCGUCCAGGGCAAGUCGACGACAGUCCUGACGUUCGAAGACAUUGUGGACCUCCUCAAGACGCUGCCCAAGCCCAUCUUUAUGCAGUUCACAUCGGCCCAAGGCACGGCCAACGGCUCGAUGCUGCUGCCAUUGCCGGUGCCGGCGCCCGACGUCGUCGUCGAGCGCAAGCCCAAGUCCAAGCCGGCCCCGGAGCCGGUCAAGAAGCCCAAAGCCGAGGUCGAAGUGGACAUUGAUGUGCCGCAACCGGCGGACGCGGGGACGUACACGAUCGUGUGGGGCCCGGACGGCCCGCUCGGCUUGACGAUCGAUGCAAUUCCGCACGAAACCGGCGCGUACAUCAAGCGCACCAACGGCACCGGCGCCGCGGGGCACCUCACGGACGACUGCAUUGGCGACGAGAUGACGCAUAUCAACACGAUCGACGUGCGCCAGAUGGAGUACACGCGCAUUGUCGCGUACCUCAAGAAGGUGCCGCGGCCCGUGACGCUGCACUUUAAGGCCGACAACAUCCACCGGUCGAGCUCGUCGAGCAACAGCGGCGGUGUCAACACGCUCCGCGCGGCGCCGAGCGCGUCGAUGCCCGUGCAAACGACGACGAGUGCGCCGACACCGAGCAUGCAGCCGCCAGCCUCGCUUCCGCGCGGUGCGUCGGGCUCGUCGUCGAGCCGUCAGUACUACGACCUCAACUGGGCCGAGGGCUCGCUCGGCCUCUCGCUCCACGGCGCGGACGACAAGAGCGAGUACCCGUACAUUACGCGUGUCACGGGCGUCGGCUGCGCCGCGCACCUCCCGCCGAGCGUCGCGGGCGACCAGCUGCGCGCGAUCAACGGCCACAGCUGCCACACGAGCAAGUGCACGUUCAAUGACAUUAUGGACCAGCUCAAGACGCUCCCCAAGCCGAUUGUGUUGCGCUUCCAGACGCAAAAGACGUCGUCGCCGCCGCCACAGGAAGCGUCGCGGUCGUACCAGCAAGCGCCGCCGCAGUACGAAUCACAGCGGUCGUACCAGCAACCGCAGUCGUACCAGCAACCGCCGCAACAGUCGUACCAGCAACCGCCGCAGCAGUCGUACCAGCAGGCGCCGGUCCAGCACGACGCGCCGCGGCCGCAGCCGACCAACGAGAAGCUGCUCGUGCGCCAGCCGUCGGCGCUCCAGUCGUACGGCGAGUCGAGCCACGACGACGCCGGUGGCAACCAGCUGCACACGCCGUUCCUCCAGGCCCCCAAGCUCUCGUCGGGCCGCCGGCAGAAGAUUGUCAAGCAGUUGAAGAAGUAG